AUGUUCCGCCAGCCAAAGAGAAGAACUGCCGGGCGCAAGAACUUCGAUCUGCCCCAAAUUUACCAUGAACAGUCCUACAAGUCUCGUCUCUCGAUGUACGAUCAGCCUCCGCUUCUGGAAGUGACUCUCGAGGAAUUCGAGCUUUGGGCCAUCGACAGGUUGAAAGUGCUCAUUGAGAUCGAGUCCUGCGUGGCUCGUACCAAGACCAUCAAGCAGACAGAGGCUGCCAUCAAGCCGUUGCUUCUCAAGUACCUUCCAUUGAGUCCUGCCACUGCGUCCAACCAGGCAAUCGUGGAUGCCGAGCGCAAGAAGGACUACUACUCGCACUUCAUCUUGCGGUUGGUGUUCUGUCGUAACGAAGAGUUGCGCAAGAAAUUCGUCAAGAACGAGUCCAUCUUGUUCCGCAUUAGAUACGCUCAGUUGCAGCCUAAGGAGCAGCAGGAGUUCGUGGAUUCACUCAACGACAAGUUGUCGUGGACUUACAUCUCAUCUGAAGAAAAACGGGCAAUUGUCGACAAGUUGUACGCUGCCACAGGAGCAGCCAUAAGGACGGUCCUUAUGGCUGACAGUCCCGACACUGCCACCAUGACCAACGAGCAGAUCAAGCAGCGUAUCGCCACCCACGAGAACUUCAUCAAGUUGCCGUUCGAAAAGGUGCCAAAUCUCACCUCGUCCAGAUCGGUUUUUAUUCAAGCAGGCUACGCUUAUAUUCCUACCACCAUGCAAUUGAGCCUUUUGGCGGUGGACUUCCAGGAGAACUUGAGCCAGAUGUUGAUCCGCACCUUCCAAAGCUUGCCUCGGUUGGAGGAGGACGACAGAUUGUUGCCAUUGUUGAAUAACCUUUCCCAGAACUUCUCGUCAUAUCAGUACGAUGCGGCCCAGUACGGCGAGGCCAAGUCUGAUAUCAAUGCAAUUUCCAUCACCAAGCCUGCCAUAACCAGACACUAUCCUUUGUGUGCCAGCCAUGUGCAGAAGAACUUGGUGGCCAACUCCCACUUGAAGUACGAUGCAAGAUCCCAGUUGUCGCUUUUCCUCAAAGGAAUUGGGUUGAGUGUGGAUGAGGCCUUGAAGUUCUGGGCCGACCAAUUCACCAAGGGUGCUAGUGGCAUCACCAUGGACACGUUCAACAAGAACUACCGCUACAACAUUCGUCACGACUACGGUUUGGAGGGAGGAAGAAUCAACAAGAGACCGUGGGAUUGUGCCAGGAUAUUGCAAAUGACCACACCCAGGUCCAGCUCGGGCCAGUACCACGGUUGUCCCUAUAAGACGUUUUCUGCGGACGUUUUGACUCACAAUUUACAAGAAUUGGGCAUCACCGAUCAGCACGAGAUCAAUGGAGUGAUCGACCAGGUAGCAAACAACGAGUACACCCACGCGUGCACGCGAGUGUUUGAAUUGACUCACAAGAACGAGUUGAAGGGCACGAAAGCCGAGGAGGAGAUGCACAUCAGCCAUCCCAACUUGUACUUCGAUCGGUCCCGGCAGUUGGAAAGGGCGGCUACUGAAAAAUCCUGA